AGACCCUUCCCUCCCUCUUUCUUCUGAGAACCCUUCUCCCUUUCUUUCUCUCUCCUCAAAUCGAUCCAAAAAUUUCAAAGAAGAAGAAAAAAAACUUCAAAUUUUGCGUUUGAAAUUCUCUCUCCUCCGAUUUUCUUAUUACAGGUAGUUUUUCCCCUUUUGUGAUCUUGUAAUCAUUACAGUCAACCUAGAUUAUCGACGAAAAACAAACCCUAAUUUUGUAUUGAAAGUACUGUGUGAUUUCAAUUGAGGAAAGAGGGAGAACGUCAAGUUUGAAUUUCUGUCGUUUUUGAAUAUGUUGUUUAUCUGAGGUUUGGUGUUAUUGGAAUUCAACGCGGGAUUUGAAGGUUAGACAUUUCUUGAUUUAGAAGUUCAAUUUUGAUGUUGAAAUGGUUUGAUUUGUAGAGAUGAGUGUAGUUGUGAAUAUAUGUUUAUGUUGAGCUGGAAUUUUGUAGAUUUUUAGGUUGUGAUUUAUGUUUAAGAUUAUUGGGGAAUCUUAUAUGAAGUAUUAUGAUUGUAUAUUAUUUUGACUAGAUCACGAAGUGGAAUGAGCUAAAGUUGAUCUAUCUAGGGUUUUUUGGUUGAUUGUUAUUCAACUUUUUUAGCUGGGAUGUUGAUCUUUUGAGGGAAGGAAGAAGGUUUUUGGUGCGGAAGAUUAUUUGAUUUUGAGUAGAAAGUGGAGGUUGGAAAAAUGAUUUCUGUUUGAACUUUACUGGAGAAGGGGAGGAUAUUUGCAAUUGAUAUCGUGGGAUUUGGUUCCCAAUUCUACAUUCUGGUUCAACCCGAAAUAUUCUAGUGCGAAGAGUAGUGCAUUUGGCUAAGAUCACGUGGAAGUGUUCUAAUUUAUGUCUGUCAUGUCUGGCAUGAGUACUGAAUCUGAGGAACAACUCUCUGUGUUGCAGCACGAGGAGUCAAGCGCAGAAUCUUCAAAGAAACCGGAAAGAUCAUACACAAGGGAGUUUCUUUUAUCAUUGAGUGAGCUGGAAGUUUGUAAAAAGCUACCUAAGGGAUUCGAUGAAUCACUGCUUGGUGAGUUUGAUGCAUCCUAUGGCAUCCAAGACCGUCAACGAGUCCUAGGAAGUUCAUCACUGCAAGGUUUCAGGCGACCUGACUAUGGAUCAUCCAUACCGCCAAAAGGGGAUUCAGGUAGUUAUCCUAGAGGACCGAACAGGUGGGAUAGCCGUUCAAGUGGACGAAGUGAUACUGAUACGGAUUCAGAGUCAGGAAGACGUCAUGGAAGCCAGGCAAGGAGGUCCUGGCAGAGCCCUGAACAUGAUGGACUUCUUGGAAGUGGUUCCUUUCCGAGGCCUGCUGGAUAUACAGCAGGUGCGCCAGUUCCAAGGUUACGUCCUAAUGAGAACGUCCAUCUUAACAGGAGUAAUGAACCAUAUCAUCCUCCUCGCCCAUAUAAGGCAACUCCUCAUUCACGAAGGGAAACUAACGACUCGUUUAAUGAUGAGACAUUUGGGUCAGCUGAUACUACCAGUGAGGAUAGGGCUGAAGAGGAGAAAAUGCGAAAAGCUGAGUUUGAACUUAUGAGGAAGGAGCAGCAAAAGUCUCUGCAAGAGAAGCAGAAAUCAAAUCAAGGGAAGAUGGAAGAUCCCUUCUCUGCCAUGUGUUCGGCAGAGCAUCCGAGUGAUGGUAAAACGUCGACUGACUUGGAUAAGAUAUUGAAACAAACUCCACAAAAUGACUCCAGCAAGCUUUCUGUUCCCUCACAAGCAACUCCAUCUAGACCCCUUGUCCCCCCUGGUUUUGUAAGUAGCGUUGUCGAUAAGAGCUCAACGGCCAAGUCUCUUUUGCAUGCUGAACCAUUGGAGAUAGGAAAGUCAGAACCGGUAGACAGUCAUCAAGAUGCGAGAAACAAAGUUCAAGGAAGAGGUUCUGGUGACUUUCGCAGUCAGACGAGUAGCACAUCAGAUAAUAGGCCUGAAAAAGUGCUGGAUGUAUCUUCAAUUCUUCAAGGUGCUGAGCAUAAAAAGGCUCCAAGACUUCCUGAUGCUACUGAGGUCCUCCAGAAUGGUAAAAUGAUGGGUCUUGAUUUUGAGGCCUCUGGUCCUAAGCUACUGGGUGAACCAGCUCGUUCAACAUCCAUUUUAGACAAGCUAUUUGGCAGUGCUGUAACAGUUAGCAAUGACAGCACAUCUAACUCUGUGGAGGAUGCUGCUAAAACAGAUGAUAUUCGACGCUCUAAUACGUUGCAAUCCAAGUUUGCUCGUUGGUUUCCUGAAGAAGACCGGAAACUUCCUGGAGGUAUAUCAUCUGAGAAGCCAAAUAAUUUGCUCUCACUAAUUGUUGGUGGUGAAAAAGGUGGAUCCAAUGUGCCUGACGUUUCAUCAGUGGGAUCAAUCGCUGCCCCUGAGACAGUGCUGGGGCAAAAUACAUCCAUUCCAGCAUCUUCUACAGCUGAGAUAUCAGAGCAGGUUUCUAAUAAUUAUGUUAAGGAAGCAAAGCCUGCUGUGCUGACAUGUGAAGAUCUUGAGCAGUCAAUACUAUCAGAAAUUGGUGGAGAUAGUUCAGGUUCUCAGUCUACUGGAAACGAUCAUCGUGCUCUGGAAAGGAAAGUUGGACGUCCUGGCAAUGAUAUUGACAAUCGAGCUACAAAUCAUCUUCUUUCAUUGCUGCAGAAAGGAACAGGGUCAAAAGAUGUGGCAUCAGUCUCCGUUGAAGAAAGAUACCCUGAUAAACCAUGUGAUCACAAGGUUGGCAAAGUAGGUCCACCUGAUGGCUAUGUAAAUGAUGCUACUGCUGGAUCGAAUAGUUCGGGAAAGACAUUGACCCUUGAAACACUGUUUGGGACAGCCUUCAUGAAGGAAUUGCACUCUGCCCAAGGAAAUACUAUUGGUUCUGCAAGAAUUGAUGCUUCAGACGGUGCUCUCUUUCCUCUUGCAGUAAAUGAAAAUGGAAAUAAUCAUUUGGCAUCAAGUGAUGGUAUCACCAAGAUGGAUAGAGUAGGGGACUGGUUAGGGUAUAAUGAUGUUCUAAAGGAGAUGGAACUCUCUAAGCAACCAACUGAAGUUGAUUCUAGAUUUGGUGGCAUUGACAAGGGAAUGGAAGUAAGACUUCCUGAAGAAGAUAGCUUGAUUAAUCUCAUCGAUCAUAAUUGCGCUGAGAACUCCAUGUUGGUGCACAAUUCAGGUAUAUCCAACUCAGACUUCCUACCCUCGUCAUCAAGCAUGCCAGCUGAUAUUCUUGAGAAACUAGCAGCACUGGGUGGGGCUCUUAAAGAGGAACGAUCCAUGGCAAGGGGGCAUGACCCACGUUUAAUGCAUGGUCCUCGUGAUAUGGUGCAACCUGAACGUUCAUACCAGAAUAUGCAUCCACAGGCUUCUUCUCCACUCCAUAGCUCCCAAAUGAACCACGGCAGACCUCUAUAUCAUGCUUUGGAUUCAAAUCCCAUACAUCUGGAUCCACAGUUGAACUUCAUGCCUCCCGAGGGUAUUAUUCAUCGUGAUGCGCCAACACAUCAUCAAUUUCCUGCAGACAUGGGCCACCCUUCUUUCCCACACCGUAAUGCUGGUUUAAGAGGGUUCGAUCGUCCCAUUCCUUCUCCUAUCUUGCAGCAGAUGCACAUGGCUGGCAAUCUUCCUCCACCUCAUUUGGCUAGGGGGUUUCCCGGUGCUGCACCUGUGCCUCCUCAUCCCAAUCACAAUCAUGCUAAUUACAUUCAGGAGCCUAAUCCCAUGCAAAAUUUCACAUUUGGUCAACGGCAUUCACAUUUCGGUGGCCCUGGAAUGGGCCCAACAGGUCCCGAGCUCGGUGUAGCUAACAGCCCCCCUGAAGCAUUUCAAAGACUCCUGGAGAUGGAACUUCGGGCAAAUCCAAAACAAAUGCACCCUUUUGCAGAUGGCAAUCCUGGCCGAACUAUGUAUGGACAUGAACUGGACACGGGGUUUAGGUACAGAUAGUGUAUUAUGAUUGUGGGUGUAUUCGAAAAGGAAGACAUAUAAUCAUCUUCAUCCCAGAUGACUAUUGCAGGAUGGGUUGUAUGUGCUUACUGUAAACUGUUGAUAGUGUAGCUUCUUUCUUCUUCCCGUUCCAUCAAUGUCUAGCAUAGAGGUUACUUUGCUUGCUCUUUGUUUUUACACGAGCGAAAAAAGGAAAAAGAACUUAUAAAACAAAUUGGAAAGGUACUAGAAAGUAAACUUUCUUUGGGCUGUGCUUUCCAUAUGCAGAUGAUUGUUGGCUAGUAACAAGCUCACAGCUUCUGUGGUGUGGAGAAGAGCCUCUGUUUCAUGAUUUCUUUUCAUGUUUUCUUGCA